CUUUUGUUCUCUUGACAAGAACUAUCAGCCUAUCUGACAUCCUUUCUGAUAUAUACACUCAUUUCCAGCAAAGGCUACGCCAUCAGCUCUCAUGGCAACCCACACCGACGAAGAGUCUGCUCUUCCCUCCAACAACCCCAUCAUCAUCAGUACCGGUGAAGUCCUCUCUCUUCUGGGAGCCCUCAUAACCCUGAAGCUUCUCCACGCUAUCGCAUUCCUAUUUCGCCUGGACAAGAGCCGAAGACGACCACUGAAAAGCCCAGUCACUCGAGCUAUCGUUCGCCGAGAGCAACUGAUCAUUGAUAUUUUCUUAUCCAUCAUGCCCGAGGGUGUCUUCCGCUCGCCCACCAUUCGAGAUACAAUCGAGAUAGCACAUUUGCCAGCAGUCGACGGCCCUGCCGAUGAGAGCCGGACAUCGUCUGACGUGCAGAGCCCUCUUAUUCAUACCUCACCCGGUAUACCCACUGGAUUCCGUCUGUGGCAGCGUGGGUCAAGCCGCGGCGUGAAACCGUUUCCUCCCAGCCCUCAACUCCCAGGAUCAGCAAGCCAAAGCAGCCGGCUACUCUGCGCCAACGAAGAAGAACAAAGUCUCUUGUGUGUCACUCAUACUGUGAAUCAGGACAGCGUGUCUACUUUGAACCCAGAGUAUGCUACGUUCCGGGCUGAGAGACCGCGCUUGAGUCCUGUCAGUCGGCUGUGGUCUGUUGGGUCGGCCCUGGCGAACGACUCGCAUGGGACCCUGAAAAUGGAGGUGGUAUCAAGACCUUCUCGGUCGACGGAGAGUUAUCCGGGAAGAUUUUCUAUCAGUGAAGGGUCGUAUGGUAAUACUUUGUCCAUGACACCCCUCUGUACAAGAGGUCGGAGUGCGACUUCUGUGCGGCCGUUUUCGGACCUGUCAUAGUGGAUUAUUCUUAGCGAUGCUUUGUGUAUCUGAGUUGGUGCUUUGGCUGAACGGUCUUUAUUGUUAACCCAUGGACUGGAUCGUUGGAGACGGGUCGUCUGUUCAUUCUACCAGGCUGUACUUGUUUUCCAUAUACAUAGGGCUCGUGUUAAAGACAUUGUUCCUCAUGAAUUGCA